AUGGAAGCCCCUGCCAAUGGUAGGCAGCGGCCGAAGAGCCGGGCAGUCCCUCCCCCUGCCCGUGACGACCGGUCACGAGAUGGAGGGCGGCCGGGCCGCUCCGCGCGGGAAGCCCGGCCCCGGCCCCGGCCCGCCGCGCCCACGCCCGCGUCCGCCUUCUCUCGCAGGGCGGACGUCACCGUCACCGACCUGGAGGAGCUGCAGGGCCUGCUGAGGACCAACAUCGCGAUGAACCGGCAUCUCAUCACCGGCUCUGUGCGGGCCAGGGCGCUGAAAUGGGGGGAAGAAAUAGAAGACCUUCCUUCUCCGCCAGACGACAUCCUCAUGGCCGACUGCAUCUACUACGAGGAGCUCCUUCAACUAGACUUUGACUUUGAAAAAAUUCCUUUGGAAAAACAUGAUGAAGAAUACCGAAGUGAAGAUAGUCACAUUUUAUACAUCAGAAAGAAAAAAUCGAAACUUCCAUCGUGAAAUCUAGUCACCUUACCCAAGCCUCUAACAACGUGGGUAAGCUAAUGAUGUGAAUGGAGCACGUGAAAACAGCAUGGGAAGAUUGUGUUCACAGAUUUUUCCAGCAUGUCCUUAGGGAUCCGACAUACAGACAACCACCACGGGCCGCCUGCAAUACGAAAAUUGACUGCCUGCCUGCCUGCCUGCCUGACAAUAGGCCUGAAAUCCGACUUAGUUUACUUUUAGCUGGGCAUCAGGUUCUGCUUAAAAGAAACAUUGUGUUAUCAGUCACUCCUCAAAUAAAAAUAGGCACUGAGGUUAGCCUAAA